CAUGGCUUACAAAGCCUGUUGUGAAAUAGCUCUCUCUAACAUCUGUGUGCACUCAUGAGAAAUUGCAACUACAAACCCGACUACAAGAAACGGAUCUUCGUGACACUUAAUGAAUUUUAUUACAAGAAUUACUGAUCACAAAAGUGGGUGGAGUGGAACCCAGAAAGGGCCAGGACGUCUUUAAGAAACUUGGAUCAUUUAUACACAGAAGGGGACUAUUCAAAGAGUUAUGCCACGGAUGAUGUUCUCAAAAACAUGGUGCAAUAUGGUACCGAUCAAGAAGUUUUCAGAGGAUGCAGGACUUAAGACAAAUUUUACCACCAUGAAUCCGAGUAUUUACGGAACAAGAUACAAUUAUUUUAAACGGGACUCGGAUAUUGAGAAGUUUAACUUUGACUUGAAGGAGUACAGCGGCAAUUUGUUCCUCCCGUGUUUGAUGUAUUCUAACUCGGCGAACAGUUGCUUUAAGAAGGUUCUACCAGCAAUUCAUAACACCAACGGUAGGUUGACAACGAGAGUGGGCAAUUCAGAACACCUGCUUGGAAUAUUACAAAAGUGGAAGUCUUCAGGAAUACACCUUAUGUCUACAGGUUUUUAUUUGACUCAAACUGCGAUCACAUUGUGCAAUGAGGUACAUCUUUUUGGCUUCUGGUCGUUUUCCAAGGCCAUGUAUCCAGUGCCCAGAGAGCUCCAAUAUCACUUCUUCGAUGACAUGAAGCAGUCCAAAGCGCACAGCUUUAAUACUGAAUUCCAACUACUAUGGCAGUUGCACGUGAAUGGAAUCAUCAACAUUCAUGUAAACGAUUGUGAUGGUUAGUGUUGCGUGAUGAA